CGCAUCCAACACGUUACUCACAUAGCAAUCGUACACAGCGGGAAAUAAAUCGAUCAAUUCUCGCGCUUCCGUUGGCGUGUGUGUGAGAAGUCCUUCUCAAACAAGCGUUGCUUUUCUUCUUUCUCCCCAACUCUCUCACUUUUGUUUCUGACAAUGACCCUCGCUCCUGCUACAUUCCAGACUGCUGUGGCCCGCAUUAACAUUUCUUACAAAUUUCGGAAUGGGCCUGAACACCUUAUCGAGCUCAAAGAUAUUGUCCUGCGCCCGGGCCAACCGUUCACGAACGACGCGGUGGAAAUCACCACGGAUAUUGCACCAGCAGCCGAAAACAAGUCAAAGCAAAUCCUUAACAUUCGAAUCAAAGCCCUUAAAGCACUGGAGCUUAAACAUUUUGAAUCCAAGUAUUUGGUAGAGCUUGGUGGUCAGCGCAUGCUUGCCAACGGCUUCCAAAGCUGGAGCCAGGCUCGUGAACUUGACGCGGAGGAUCGAAUUUCGCCCAUCCGAUCAACCGUGGCCUAUUUAACGAAAUACAACCUUCAAGGAGACUAUGAUUUCUUUGAGCAUUCGGGCGAAAAAGGCCAUAUCCACUCCAGCAGCUAUACCCAUUUCCGCGAUGUCACGAAUCUCAUUAACUUUUUUGGAUCGCUCUCCGAGGACCUUGGAUAUACCUAUUUCAAGGCAGACUUCAACAACAACACAAUGAGUGUGUACAAGGACGUGUUGGGCAAGCACUUGGACCAAGACCAAUCCAUCAACCUUGUCAAGAUUUUUCUUGCGCAGGGCAAAGAUGCAGAAAAGGAAAUCUGGGACGCAUACGCGUCCUACUUUCCCGACCGCCGCUCGCUGAAGGGCGACAUGCAUCGCGUUCGACACGUCAACGGAUGGACCUCGUGGUACAACUACUAUGGCGAUGUGAGCGAAGAAAUCGUGCUUUCCAAUCUCAAGGCGCUCCAGGAACACAAAUACCCCAUCAACAUAUUCCAGAUCGAUGACGGUUUCCAGACUGCUAUCGGCGACUGGCUUUCCAUCAAUGACAAAUUCCCAAAUAAGCUGAAGCCUGUCGUUGAGAAAAUCUCUGCUGCAGGUUUCACUGCUGGUCUCUGGCUUGCUCCUUAUGCUGUGGGCUUCACUAGCAAACUGGCCACUGAGCACCCUGACUGGCUCAUUACUGACCCUGAAACCAACAAGCCCGUUGUCGCUGGUCCAAACUGGGGCGGCUUCUAUGCCCUCGACAUCUACAACAAGGAUGCUCGCGCAUAUCUGAAAGUGGUCUUUGACACCGUGCUUCGCGAUUGGGGCUUUGGCAUGGUCAAGCUCGAUUUCCUCUUUGCUGCAGCAAUGAUUCCUCGCUCAGGAAAAUCUCGCGGCGAGAUUAUGUGGGAUGCCAUGGAGCUUGCCCGUGAGCUGACAGGCUCCGACAAGUUACUACUGGGGUGUGGUGUUCCAUUGGCGUGUGCAUGGAGAAGUGCUGAUUAUUGCCGUAUUGGCUCUGACGUGGCACCUUGGUGGGAAGGUAAACAAUCGAGACCACUCAAAAUAUACAAAGCAUCACUUUGUACUCACAAGCUCGAUUAGAUAAAAAGUUAAAGUAUUUGCAUGUGCGUGAACGCGUGUCGACAGCCAACUCGCUCGUGUCUACGUUGAGUCGCUGGACCAUGUCCGACCGUAUGUUUGGAAACGAUCCUGACGUCAUGAUUUUGCGCGACAACAAAAACAAGCUCAAUUCUGAGGAACGUUACACCCUCUGCGUCCUCAACAACAUCCUUGGUGCACUUGUCUUUAGCUCGGACAAUGUCGGCGAGUACGGCCCAGACGAGCAUUUGCUCUAUUCAGCCACGUUCCCCAAGGUGAUU